AUGUUCUAUUGGAGAAAGAACGCGUACAAUGGCCUGAGAGCAUAUGACGCGAGAAUGAGAAUAAUCACAUUGGCACACACUGUCCGAACCUUGCAGAAUACGAGCGACGGCCCAUACAAGGUGGAGCGCCCGGCGGCGUUCGCGGCAUACCUGCCAACGGAUGGUGUUUGCGGGUUUCAUAUCACAAAGUCAACGUUGGCCUCCAAUUUUUCCAUGGCAAACGGAUUCUGGGGCAUAGAGUCCACGAGCGACCCAGGCACAUACGCAAGUUGGAGCAUUGACUUGAGACCACCUCCACCAAUGCUGAUCGUCACGCGACUCUGUGCUAGUGAAGAGAUGUUCCCUGGGCUGAUUGCGAAGAUCAGACCAGGCGGCUAGACGAAGCGGAAUUGGGAAAGUAGACUCGGAGGUGUGGAAUUUGAGAGUAGGACUGAGGAGGUUGCGGAGAAGACGGGUGUGCGGACGUUCACACGAAAUGAACACUCGCCCGGCCACAGAUAGUGUGGUAUGGAUUUGGAACAACGGGAAACGUACUAGUAGGGUGGGCGUAUAAUGAGAAAUUCUGCUGAUGCUGAUACGUGGCAGUCGUGGAGCAGCUAGCUGAGUGUUGCGCUAAUAGAAAUG